GCGCCCUGUUUCCGCGCACGGCGGCCAGGCGGCGCUGCACGCCUCCCUCCGCCCUGGCUCAGCUCGGAGGUGCGGCACGCGUGUUGGCCGCAGCCAGGCUCUUGCAGCGAGAGCGGCGGCGCCGCCGUGGUGCAAGUGGCUGGCUCUUUAGCGCCGGGCAAAGCGGGCUGAGCUUCCGAAUCCCCUGGUAGGCGUAGGAAGAAUCCGGCCGGGCGGUUCCGAUCUCGGAAGGCUCGAAAGCCCUUUCGGGAACUCUCUCUGGCUCUCGAUGGCGCUGAGCGGACCGAGGAGCACGUAGCUGGGAAAGGCAUGCUCCAAACGCUGAGCUCUGCCAGCAUGUUUACUUCCUGUGGCUUCAGCCCUCAUCACCUCCAUCCCUCCAAAGAAGAUGAUGAAGGAGGACUGAUCUUUCAAGAUGGAAACCUUACCUCAGCAUCUCUUGAUGCUUUAAUUCAACACCUUAUACCUACAGCUGACUACUACCCUGAGAAGGCCUAUAUCUUCACAUUCCUGCUGAGCUCAAGACUGUUCAUUGAACCACAUGAACUUCUGUCCCGUGUUUGUCACAAGUGCAUCGAGCAGCAGCAACUGGAUGACCCAGUGCUGGAUAAGGCACGAAUCAGAAAAUUUGGGCCCAAGAUUUUACAGUUGUUAACAGAAUGGACGGAAACCUUUCCUUAUGAUUUUCAGGAAGAAAAGAUGAUUGGAUGUUUGAAAGACAUCAUCCACCGGAUAGCUCCAUGUGAUGAGGCCUAUUGGAAAAAGAUGAAUCAGCUUCUACAAACCUUGAAUCAGAAGCUUGCAAGUCUUAACCAUGGCCAAGAAGGGAUAGUCAAGAUCAGUGCAGCUGUUUCAGAUAAAGUGGUAGCUUUUAAAAGUAAACCUCCCUCCAUCCAAAGAGAAAUGUUGAAUGUCUGCAGUGAUCCAUAUACUUUGGCCCAACAGCUAACUCAUGUAGAACUGGGGUGUUCUUUUAUUCUCUCAUUUUACCUACUGCAAAAGGAAAGACUGAGUCAUAUUGGUCCUGAAGAAUUUGUUCAAGCAUUUGGCCAUAAAGAUCCCUUGGACAGCACAAAGCCUUGUUUCAGUGAACAGAAGAAGACUAGUAAUCUUGAGGCUUACGUGAAAUGGUUCAAUAGACUCUGCUAUCUUGUAGCAACAGAAAUUUGUAUGCCUGCCAAAAAGAAGCAGAGGGCACAAGUCAUCGAAUUCUUCAUUGAUGUUGCCCGGGAGUGCUUUAACAUAGGGAACUUUAAUUCACUGAUGGCAAUCAUCUCUGGAAUGAACAUGAGUCCAGUAUCUAGGCUAAAGAAGACCUGGUCAAAAGUGAAAACAGCCAAGUUUUUUAUUCUUGAGCACCAGAUGGAUCCUACUGGCAAUUUUUACAACUACAGGACUGCCUUAAGGGGAGCUGCUCAUCGGUCCCUAACAGCACACAGCAACAGGGAAAAGAUUGUGAUCCCCUUUUUCAGCCUACUGAUCAAAGAUAUUUAUUUUUUGAAUGAGGGAUGUGCAAACCGCCUUCCAAAUGGGCAUGUCAACUUUGAAAAAUUCUUGGAACUGGCUAAACAAGUAGGAGAAUUCAUAACAUGGAAACAAGUGGAAUGUCCAUUCGAACGUGAUGAUAAUAUAAUCCACUAUUUACAUACUGCCCCUAUCUUUACCGAAGAUGGUUUGUAUUUGGCUUCCUAUGAAAGUGAAAGUCCAGAAAACCAAACAGAAAAAGAGAGAUGGAAAAAUCUAAGGUCAACUAUCUUAGGAAAGACUUGAAGACAAUAACCUAUAAAUAUACUAGAAGAAACUAACUCAGCAAAACUACUUGCACUAUGGAUUCCAAAGAUGCCUAUUUGGGAUUUAGAAUAUUUUAUUCUUUAUUUUUGUGUGCGUUUGGGGGCUCUCAAAUGCGAUUAACUGGAUUCAUCAGAAAGACUGAAGUGAGUAGUCUUUUUACUGCACACAGUGUUGCUACAGCCAAUAUGGAACCCUACAGUGAAAAGCCAGUAGAGACUUGAUCUUGGCUUUAUCAGAACCAAGUCCUUAUUGCUAUUUAAACUCGACUUUCUCAAAGAAAAAGCAAGAAAAGUCAUGGUGCUGCAAUCCAAAACAGUCUCCACGGAAGAGUACAGGGUUUGUAUCUCAGAAGCAGGGUGUAUCUGACAAUAAUUCAAAGAGAACUGUGAAAAGUAGAUGUUGCCAAUUACAUUAUGCUACUACAUAGAGAAGGACUAUUUUUCCUCCUCAAUCCUCAGCCUCAGUGAAGAAUAUUCCAGCAUCAGGAAAUAAAAGACUAAUAGAAAACCAUAUUAAAAGGAAUAACCCACAUAUGCUACUUUUUUAAUUCGAGCUGUGAAGAUUUGUUAUGUCUCCUUCAAUUUGGAGUCCGAAUCAUCUUUGAUCUUCAUAGUGAACUCCUCAGCUCUUCAGAUGACUUCUCGCGGGAGCCUUAUGAUUUAAAGCAUGUAGCAUAUUCUCUAGUUCUGUUGACUGUUGAGAGACAGUCUUUAAAGAAUCUUGCAUCAUUAACAGAAAGGAAAUCUGUUAAGGACUGCAACAGUGGCUUUCACCUACUUAUUUUCUCUUUAUCAGAGAAAAAAAAUAUUUUACAAAAGAUAAUCAUGUGAUGGUAGGGCUCUUAUUUCUAGUGUGUCUUAACAGUCUAUGAAUUGUUGCACUGAAAUUAUCAAUACUACGUUCCUAAGAUGGGUCCCUUAAUUUUAUGGUUCCUCUGUGUAGGCGAUAGUCACUGCUUCCCAGCUAUGGCAUUCUUUCUCGAAUUCCUGACUUCGAGGUGCAUUAGGGCUACAGAUUUGGGAGCUACAGGGAAAGCUGAGUAAUGGGGAACGAACAAUCAGGCAUUAAUAUGUCUGCCAUAAUGCUUAGUGGGAGGGCAAGCAAUGGUUGCAAAUUAUACUCAAAUAGCCUUUUUAUAAGUAAUGGGAGUAAAACAAAUCCACAGCUUACGGUAUAGAAUUGCAGUAAAGUGCAAAUCUUCAUUUUAAUAACUGGGAUGUUUUCAUAAAAUUGUAUCAGAAAGACUCAUAAUUCAGAUUCAGAUAUUUGCAAGUAAUAUCCAGCACAGUGUGGGCUUGGCUUGAGAAUUACAGGUAUCUGAUGCCACAUAUAUAGAUGAGACUCAUGCCAAUGUACAUAUUUUAUGCAUCAGUUAAAUGCAUUCCGUGAUUCAUCCAGUUCCAACAUAGAACACUUGCACAGUGACCAAUAGGUGGAAUUUAUGCAUCAUAUGCAAGAGUUUAGCAUGCUGGUCAAAGACUCAACUGGCAUUACAUGAAUAAUAAAGCAGUCAUUAAGUACUGGAUAGGUUUGAAUCUUAAUUUAGAUAGGCUUUUGCUUCUGUAUAUGUCUACAAUGAAAUUCUAUGAUAUUCCUUCUCCCAAGGAGCCUUUUUGUUUCUUUGAGUAGGGAAAUCUUAGCUUUGGGAGCAUUUCACCCCUGCUAUUUCAUGUAGCUAUUGCAAGAGACCUACAGUAUUUGAAUUAUCUAGAUCAUGGGUGUCAAACUCGCUGCAUCAUGUUGCCAUCACAUGAUGUUUUGCAACGUUUUUCCAAUUUGCUGAGCUGGGGUUAGCAUGGCCUGUGCUUGAUGCAUCUGGCUCAUGGGCCACCAAUUUGAUUCCUCUGAUCUAGAUGUAUUCAGACUGCUUCAGUAACAAUCUCAGCAUUUGAAUAAGAAGCAAAAUGAAUUUCUUUCUCUAUUUGUUAGCUCUUUUCUAUAGAAAAUUUUGAAAAAUGGAGGAAUGCCACAAAAAUAUAGUGAGGUAAAUGUCUCAGAUUUUAAACAGGAAAAAAAAAUCCAAGCUGUAAGAAUGGUCAGUCUGAUGGAAUUAGAAAAGAUAGGAAAAUAAGUUAGAAAUAUGUCUAAAAAUACUGUUAUGUAGAAAGGCACAUAGAAGGUCAAAAAUAAAUACAGAAUUUUUUCUUUUGGAUUGGGUUACUGGCUUGAAUAGAUACUGAAAAAAGUGCAAGAAAUAAUAUAUCUUGAUUUCAGCAAAGCAGCUGAUAAAGUUCUUUGUAUUUUGUGGCAAAAUAUCCUAAUUGCGAGUGUGCUGGUGGUGAUGUUCAUAGAUGAAUUCACAGUUGUAAAAUCAUUGGGUUCUUAUCAAUUCUUCAUUAAAAGCCUAGUAUGACACCUCACUUUUGAGUGAGGUGCCAUACUAGGAGGGGGGUAUACUUUAACCAUUGAUCCAUCUCUUAUUUCUGAUCCAUAGUAUAAAUAACUGUUACCACAUAGCAGUAACACAUUCAAAAUUCCAUUGAUGUAAUGGAAGGCUGAGUAAUAUCAUAAAUUGCAGCACAACACAGUGCAAAUGUCUACCUUCAGGUGCGCUCAAAUUUAGAACACUAAUGUAUGGUAGACAAUAUCUGGUUUAGCAGUGGUACAUGAGGUUUUCAGAUUAUUACAAAUGUGAAAAAGCUACAAAAGAGUUAUAUGAACAUUAAUAGAACCAUAAUGUUUAGCAACAAGAAUAAAUACUUCCUUAUUUGGGACUAAUCAGAUUUGUCUGGUGCUAUAUAUAUUUCUGAAUAAGAAUUAAGAAAGAUGAGACAAACAUGAGAAAGAUAGGAUGGGUAUUUUCCAAAUACCAGACAACAAGCCAAUGCUGCUUUGCUUCUGCUACAGAAGACAAGAUUAAUCUAAUGGGCUUAAGUUAGGGAAGAUGAAUGUUGACUGAAUGCUGGGAAGAUGAAAGAGCCAUUUUAUAAUGGUUUAAUGAUAAUUCACUGUUCUGCAUGAGAAAAAUUUGCAAAGCAAAUUGUAAUUUAGAAUUGCAAAAUGCCUAAUUCAAUCCCAAAACAAUGAUAAUACAAAUCUUAAAAGUAUAAUAAACAUAACAAAAAAGCUGGAGGGGCAAAGGCAGCAAUAUUCUGGCUGCCUUUGAACCAAGACCAGAAGCCCAUCUGGAAGAUAUUCUCAUGCAGGAUUUCCUGCAUUUACAAAGGGUUGAAUUACUAAAUAUCCCACAGUUGAUACUAAUGGGAUUAUCCCAUUAAUAAUAAUCUACUAAAAGAUGAUCUAGACUUAAUAGACCAAGUAUUUAACAUUUAAAAUAGUGAUGUUUUCUUUUGCUGAAGAGAGCACAGUUUUUUCUCCUUGAAUGCUACUAAACAAAUCCAAGGAUUAUACUAAUUCACCUUUGUCUGAAAGUAACUCUAGUUGUAGCCAGAUUUUAACAACUGAUGUAUUUAACUUUCUGAGAUCAUAGUGAUAAAUAAGAGUGAUAAAAUAAUAUAUGUAUUUUAAAAUGCUGAGAUUGAUUUCUCAUAGCAGCUAGUAUCAGUUGCAAAUAUUUCAUUAUUUGUAUUUGCAAACAGUGCUUUGGCUAUGUUUAAAAAACAAAGCAAAUCUGUAUUUCAGGUACAUAAUAUGAAUACAUUGUACACUUUCUUUCAGAAAGCAUAAAACACAAUUUAUUGAAUUAAUAGUACAUACUAAGUUUCACAGGAGGAAAAUAUUCCAAAUAAUUCAUCUAGAUUUCAUCAGAAACUAUUAUAAAUGGAUUCAGCUUUGCAUAUUGAAAAUUGCUAAGUUUAUGAAAGAAUCCUCAGUCUUCUCUUGAAACUGAGCCUCUGGUCUGACCUUAUACAAUGAGCAAGGCAGUCAUUUUAUACCAAAUUAUGGACAUACUGAAUGCAUUUUUUUUUAAAUGCAGCCUGUCUAAGAUUGGAAAUGCAAUUUGUUAUUCAUUUAAUAGAAAAAGACAGUAUUUCUUUCAGCUGUAGUUCUGGAAUCAUAUUCACAUCGUUACAAAAAGUAGAAUCUUGAGAUGAAUGUAAUUACUGCAAUUCCAUUUAAAACGUUUCAGAAUGAGAUGAUCAAAAACCUAAGCAACAGUCAAAUACAUUAGGAUCAGUGCUGCUGUCACUAAAAGUAUAGUAAGAAUCAAUUAUGACAAUGAAUAAUUUUCAUGAACCACUAUGGAAUGGGAACAGUGUGCUUCUCAAACAGAUAAGGAAUGAACUGCACAAUCAAAACAAAGCAUUCGUUGAUCUAACUAUUAUUAUAGUAGCUAAUUUUAAUAACUAGCAGCAGUCACUAAAAUGUGGCUGUAAAUGUGACUCCAUGUAAAAUGCCUAAUAUUUUUAGAUUUAAAACUUGAUGUGAUGUCAGUUUUCAUUUAAUAAAAUAAUUACUGAAGCCCACCUACAAUAACCAUACAGUGUGUUGUAUGUGUAAAUACCAAAUCAUAAUUGGUACUAUGGAAAUGCCUGGCACUCUUGUUAUCUCCUACCCUGCUUAAAAAGUUAAUUACUUGUCCUUUUCAAUUCUCCUUGAAUGAAAAUCCUAUAAAGGAAGAGGGAUGAAUGAUGUACAGGUAGUCCUUGACUUAUAACCAUUUGUUUAGUGACUGCUUGAAGUUACAAGGCACUGAAAAAAGUGAUUUAUGACCAGUUUUCACACCUAAGACCAUUGCAGCAUAUUUGUGACAGUUUCAGGGUCCUGUGAUCAUCACUUGUAACCUUCCCAGCUGGCUUCUGACAAGCAAAGUCAAUGGGGAAAGCCAGAUUCACUUAACAAACUCAUGAUUCACUUAACAACAGCAGCGAUUUGCUUAACAACUGGCAAAAAGGGUGUAAAAUUGGGGCACAAUAACUGUCUUGCUUAGCAGUGGAUAUGUUGGGCUGGAUUAUGGUUAUAAGUAGAGAGGACUACCUGUAGCUCUGCCAGGCUGACUUCCUUUGCCAGGCUCAUAGCUUUCCAUACGUGACACAUGAUGGUUUGCAAAGCAGAACUCCCCAAACCCUGCAGGAUUCUCAACAAAAGAAUCCCACAUGUCAUAUUAAGGAAAAACUGCAUUAUCUUAAAUGGUAACAUUUAUUCUGAGUCAUCCUACAUUCCUGGGGACAUAAUGGACACAUUGGGCUUGUAUUAUGAAUUCAGGAGCAGAAAUCAACAUGUAAAGUAUUACCUACAACAGUAUGAGAUCAAUUUGGUACUGAUAAUACUAGUAGACCAAAGCAGGAGAAAAUUAUAUUAUUUUAUACUGAACUUUAGCAAAACCGGUUAAACAUUUCAAGGGUUAUAUUUUGGCAAGAGUCUUAAAAGUCGCUUAACAGUGCUUUUCUUUUUUUAUUGUUAAAAUGCCUUUAAAAAAAUAAACUGUUUAGCAAUGUUUAGAUACAUGCACGUUACAAGAAACUGCUAUUGAAAAAUAAACCCAAGGUCUCAUGAACAGAUGUAAGCACCAUUAUCUAUUAAUCAAUGGAAUUAUAGAUCUCUUUCUACAUAUAUAUAGCUCUCAAAUGGAAAUUGUGUCACAAAGAACUUUAAAAAACAAGACAACACUACGCCAAGCAGUAUUAACCAUAUUCCAAACUACAACCUCUUUCCAAACUGUUAAGUCCUAAUAAUGUGCAGCAUUCCCCCAUUCCCACCAAGCUUUGAAAUUUGUAAAAAGCAGCUCUUCCUACUGUGACUUAGAUUUCAAGUCAAACUAGAAUGUAUGUAUCACAGAGCAUAGAAUUGCUAUUGCUGAUCUCAAUUCUUACUCUUACUUGGUUACUCUGGCAAUCAAAUGUUAAGGUUACUUGAAAAUAAGGAGCAUUAUGGCUUUGUGAUGUUGCCUAUCUUUAUAAAAUGAUAAUGGUGAUGUGCUUGCCACACCUUUCAUUAAUAUUUCAAAACAAUGUGGUCAUAAGUAAAUGAUAGCUGUUAGUGAUGAAAAAUCCCAUUAUUCAUGUUUCAUGUUAUCAAACAGUCAUAAAAGCUAACUUACCUAUGUACAGAAUUUAUACAACGAAUUUAAUUUAUACUGUGUUUUAACAGUGUGCCUGAACUGUUUAUGGUUUCUAAAUUUUGUAAUGUGAGUGUAAAAUUAAAAAUAUUGAUAUGGGGUUAGCCCAGAUUUGGAAUGUUUUUAAUAUGUAUAUAUCCAUUGUGUGAAGGGUUUUAGAUAUAUUGUAUACUUACGGUGACCAUACUUUUUUGGAAAAAAAUAAAGGACAAACCUGAA